CUUUUUUUACCCUGCUGCUGCUCCUCCUCCUCCUGGGCAGCGCGAGCCUCGGAAGUUUCUGCCGCUUCUCGCUUGCUUUCGGGAGUCGCUGCUGGCCGCCUCGGAAGCGGGAAGGGAAAGCGCUGGCGAGCGCCCGGGGGGCUCCUGAGGCGAGGCGGCGGAGACGGCGCAGGUGCGCUUCGCAGGGGGCGUUGCUGAGGUGAUGCUCACAUUGGACUCCGGAGCAUGCAGUUAAUCCCAUGAGCUGCUGAAGCAUGAAGCAAGGCUCCCCUGUAACGUACAUGUGAUGUGAGCAAUCCAGGAAUGCAGCGCCUUAUCCACAGUGUCUCGGCGGGAGAAGCGCAUCUCCUAGUUCUAACAAGAAAACGGAAUCUGGGAACUUUUUUAAAAACCGCUGCUCGCUUCGGUGCACGACCGCACACGCUCUUGGUGAAGGCUGCUAGGUUUCUUUUCUCUGUGUUGUGAGCAAAACGAUUUCAAUACAACAAUAGCAAGAUGAUCGACUUGAGCUUCCUUACGGAUGAGGAGCAGGAGGCGAUCCUCAAGGUGCUUCAGCGGGAUUCAGACCUGAAGAGAGCUGAAGAGGAGAGGGUCAGGCAUUUAAGUGAAAAAGUUAAAGAUGAGAUCCAAGUUAAGAACAUGAGCGGGCAGUGGUUUUACGAAGCCAAGUCCAAGAGGCAUAGAGAGAAAAUUCACGGAGCAGACAUCAUUCGGGCAUCCAUGAGGAGGAAGCCGUUUCCAACAGCAGAACUGAGUCAAAGUAAGUCAGACAAGACAAAGAGCAGCUGGGUGAACAAUGUCAAUAAAGAAGUUUUCACGCCUCCAGAAUUGCUGGGUGCCAUAAAAGAGGCAGAGGUGGAAUCGAAAUCUGAUGAAAGCCCCAAAGUGUUCAGUACAGCCUCUGACGCAUUAGAGACGCCUCAAGAAAAAGCAAGGAAGUUAGCUGCUGCCUCACCGUCUAAGCAAAGGAAAAACCCAUUCAAUGAAUCAACUCUACUAGAAGAUCAUGCAAAAAAUGAGCAGCCUGAACAUGGAAUGGCGAUGGAGAAAGACCCGCAUUCGGUAGAAAACCGGUCCAAGGUAGAUGUAACAAACCACAGCAGGGUAGAGGAGCCUCAGCAGGCUCCUGCAGAACCGAACGACUUGCAUAGGCAGGCAGGGAAGCCACCUGUGCCCAAAGCCAGGAGACACAUCCACAAGACGUCAGACGUCAGCUUGAAGAGCGAAGAGCCCUUUCCCCAGGCUCCGAAAAGGAUCAAGCAGGUUAACGGCCAGGGCUCUCUGCCCAGGGGCAUUCUGAAGCGCAGCUCCAGCUCCAGCUCCACCGAUUCUGAAGUGCUCCGCUUGAACCAAACCUUGGAGCCCUCCGGCAAAAGCGGAUUGCCAGCCCCGACCGUCCUUGAACGUGUUGCGGAGAAGAGCCCGCCUCCUCCAGGCGAAUCCGAAGGCUUCUCCGAAAACUCGUUGGAGAGGCUGAAGCAGGUCCGGUUCUCGUCCAGCGUCAGUAGGAAAGAGCGCCCGCCGAGCCUUGAGUUGCACGAGGGCAAGGAAUCCGGGGAGUUCGUUUUGUUGGACUCUGACUACGCCAAGGCCAAUGGGAACAGAGCGGGUGAUCUAGGUGCACUUCAGAGUCGCCAGACUCUCCCGUCUAAGCCUCCUCGCGCCCAUUCUCCAGCCUUAAACAGUAACACUGAGAGCCAAGGAGAGGGAACAGCUCCAGGUUCUCAUGGUGCCAAGAGCUCUGGCCUGCCACCCAACACAUUGCAGCCUGAGAAACAUUCUGUUGCAGGACCUACAAUUCCAAGCGACUCUCCUAGCAAGACCUUCCCCUCAGUGAGGGAAGAACAAACCGAUACCACGAAGCCUCAGAUCAAAACUAAGCCGCCGAGCCUUGAACAGGACAACUCGAAAAGCACACCUGACCAGCAGCUGCCUAAAACAGAAGACCCUCAGGUGCCAAAAGUUGGCUCUGCAGACCUUGAACAAGGUAAGCAAGCUCUGGUUGAGGCUCCGAGUGCUAAAACGGUUUCCAAAUCUGACAAAUACACUGCUGAGAUCUUGAAGGCAGCCGAUGAGUCCAUAUCUAAGGUGCUCGACUGGUUUAAAAGAAGUUCCAGUGAUGAUGAAAAAGAGACGCUUCCGCAAGACGCGGGACUUGCAGAGGAAAUGGAUAUACCCAAGGCAAGAGAAUCUGCUGCAACUGCAAAAGAUAAAGGCUGCAGUUCAGAUAUGUUAAAUCUGCAUUCUUCUGUACGAAGAGAAGAGCCAACCAGCAAGGACUAUCGAUUCCACGAAAUGGUAAACGUUCCGGGUGGGUCGCCGUUUACAAAGGAUGGAAGUCCAGGCAGCCUGUUACUAGAAGAUCAAAGCAAAACAGGAGAGGUUGCUUCCUCUAGCUCUCAAGGGCAGGACAUUCAUUUAAAUGAGAGAACAUGUUUCCAGGCCAUUGGCCAGCCUGCAAACGAGAGAGAUGAAAGGGCUGCGGGAGGCAAGGUUGAAACAGAGGACAACAGUGCUUUGUGCAAAGAACCGAAGAUGUUGGAAGAUGCAAAGGGAAAACCGGGUUGGAAAAGUGUUGGCUCUUCUUUUGGAAAAGUAACAGAAAGGGGAGAUGUUACGCCCGAUGGGGAGGAAGGGGUUAAAGCUUUUUCGGAAGGAGCAAACUCUGAGCAUCGAUCUGGAGAGAUAUUUAAUGAACCUAAAGGGAAAAAAUCUGGGCAUCUAGAUGACAAAACCAUGCAGCACCCCAGUAGAGGGAAUCUCCUUACCUUCCCUCAAGAUGAAUCCAAAGAAUCAGAGGUUCCAAGAAAAGUCAAGAAUAUCAGGGCUUUCUGGGAAAGAGAGGCGAUGAACCCAAAGCCUGCAAAUAAGGAAGGCCUAUUAAGUGAAAGCACUCCUGGGAGUAACCGGAUACCAAUCUAUAAAGAGGAACGCAGCAGAAUAAAACCAGUGGGUGGAUCCUCAGGAUAUGUUACUGGAGAAUCGGAUAACGAACAAGGCAAGUAUAAUUUAGUAACCUUCAGAAAAGUAGAAAUUGGUGCGGAUGACUCGGGACCUGAUGAUAAUGGGAUUAAGUUGCCUUCAGGGAAAGUUCGACCAAAUAUAAUGGAUAAAUCCAAAGGGGGCCGUAUUGUUGAUGAAUCUGGCAAAAUACCCCUAAGUGACCAGAGGAAUAAUGCAUUUGCAGAGUUGCUGGAUGCAAAUAAUUUGCGCCCAAGACCCAACCUGGUUCCCUCUAAAGAGGAUGGAGGUUUACAAGCUGACGGUCUGGAAACAGAGAGAGCGUCAUCUGCUCUGCAGCAGAAGCCACACUUUAAGAUCCACGCUUUAAAGGAAAAAGCAGACGAAGAGGCAAAGGCUCAGAUGCUCAAUCCUUUGCAGUUCAAAAGCCUGAGAAACUUUUGGGAUGUGGGGACUAAGCCGCAGAGCGGGAUGGAUGAAGCCAAGGUGAAGGUGACUGUUCCAAGGGACAGGCAAAGUAGUACAGGAAGGUAUCUGAAAGAGUUGGGAGAAGUCAGGGAAGGAACUAGCCAGGUGGUGUUGGAAGGUGAACAGCAAAAACCCAUCCUCCAAGGGUUUGACGUGAAGGAACAAAAGGUAUUGGAAGCAAACCGUGUUGUCCCGAAACAAGCAGGAGGGACCGCUCUCUUCACAGUGAAUGCUGUGCCAUUAGGAAAUGUAGAAUUUGCACCUGCAGAGGGAAAGACUGUGCGUCCGGUGGAAGAGUAUAUAGAAAAAACAAAUGUUCCAUCCAAAGUACAGCACAGUCUGUUUAACAGUGGCAUGCAGAAACUGUUGAAAGAAGCAUUUCAGGAGUCCUUGCUGGCUUAUCCUCUGGCGGACAAGAAAGGGGUUCCACAGGUGGAGUUAGCAACAGAGGUGCAAGCGUCUUACAGUGACCAGAAUCAACAGCAGGGGGCUGUUUUUGCAAGUGCAGAUGGAAAAGUCUCUGAGGUUCCAGAGACUGUAAGCAGAUCUUUGGUUCCACCAAAAGCUGACACCACUGCUUUUGUCACUAACUUAGAGAGGCUGCUAAAGGACACCUCAGAUGAGAGCUCCUCACCCAGUCGUCACAUAGUGGCGGAUGUUUCUGAACAAGCACAUUCUCCAUUGGAAAAGAGGCGUUUUUUUAAUAAGGUGAUGGAACGCAGCCGUGACACGGAUGAAAAAAAUAGCAGAGUGGAGUCCUGGGAAACAGAUGGAACAAUACAAAAAAAUGUCCCACCCAAGGAUAGACUCAUAUUUAAAAAGCACUUGGGAGAUUCAUCUGGAUCAACAGAAGAUUCAGAUAUGGUGUCUGGAAAAUCUCCCAACAGGGAAGAAGGCCAAAGGGAUCUAAAUGCUACUUCUCAGGAAGAAUUCUUCCAGAUUCCUUCGCCAAAACUGAUACUGCCUGACGCUCGUCUCGCCAGUCAGAACAGAGCAAACUCUCCCACGAAAGAGGUUUUCGAGACAGCAGCAGAAGCUAAUGUUCCAUCAAAAAGGCAAGGCAACGAUUUGAAUGCCAAACUAGCCUUUCUUUUGGAGGAAUUGCCAAAAACACCCACAAAUGAGAGUAUUUUGAAAGCACAAAUUGACAGUGUCCCCGGGGAACUGCAGCAGAGGUCUUCUGAGCAGGCGACCAGAAAGAUCAUUCCUGUUUCACCCCAAAUGGCCAAUCCUCCUAAAGAGACUGUUGGUGGGACACUUGACCGAAGUUUAGAUACAGACGAAGACAGUGGCAAAUUAUUGACUACAAUGCAGGGUGGGCCUGUAGGAGAGGCCGCUGUGCUGUUGUCAUUUUCAAACCAGGAAAACAUAAGAGCUCAAGGGAAUGUUGGUGAGCAACCUACAGAAGUGGCAGAGACGGUCGUGAAAACUGUUAAACCAAAUUCGGCCGAGCAUGUGGCAUUUAGAGACAGUUUAAGCAAACUGCUUAAGGAGAGCUCCGAAAUGUUGCUCCAAGACAUUGCAGUUCCUAAGCCAGCCCAUGGUUCAUUACAGCCCCAUCAGAACACAAGUUCAAUUUAUGAUAAAGAGAUAAUUGAGAUGAUAGAAAAAGCUACUGCUCCCUCCAAUUUCAGGCAAGCUGAACUCAGAGCCAACUUCCAAAAUCUGCUCAAGGAAGACGUUGAAGUUCUUCCAAAAAGCCAGAAAGACUCAAGCAGCGGUCAUGGGGCACAAACAGAGAGUGAGUCUAAUCGGACUGUAGAUUUAGUUUGCCCGCAGGGAAUUGGCUAUGGUCAAGAGAUUAAUGAAACUGUAAACAAGGAAGUUGCCCCAUCCAAGUUGAAGCAAAGAGAAUUUAAUCCAGGCUUCCGGAAACUCCUUGAAGAAACUGCCCAGAUGCAGCCUUCUGAAAUGAGAUGGUUGGAUAUCAGAAUGAAGGAGAACCUCCAUGGUGCCCAUGGCUCAGAUAGCACGACGGGCCUUCUUCCCCAAGAAGCAAAUGAAACUGUAACAAAAUCUGUUGCCCUAGAAAAAGACGGUUCUGUAUUCAAAUCCAGCUUAGAAAAGCUUUUUGGAGAAAUCUCUGGUGCUGCUUUGCUUCUGUCCAAUGAAGAAGAGAAGAAAGUGACUGAUGUGUCAGGAUUUCAGGUAGCAAAGGGAGGUUUAGCCGUAAAAACGCAAACGUCUGUUGAGAGCGUGCCGAGCGACUUUCGAACCGAGGUUAAAAUACCGCUCAAGGGCAAGACUUUCAAGCAAGAUAACCAAACUGUAGACCGAGAAAAGUUUUCUGGCACCCCUGAAAGGAAUGCGGUUUUCCAAAAAACUAUUCAACUUAACCUAGCAUCACCUAAAGUCCCGCUCCUGAUAAGAAGGGAAGAUUCUUUCACUCUUGCCAAGGCAGGUAAGAGGGAGGAGGAAUAUGAAAAAGGGAGAGAAGAUUCUGCUACUGCCAGUGCCUGUCUCGAUGGUGGAAGUGAAAAAGAGGGUGCGGAAGAGGGGAACCCCCCUAAAACAAGACAGGUUGAGCUGCUCCUUGCCACCCGUCACGCUGACGGCAGCGAAGAGGAUGAAGAUGCCAGGAGCGUUGAAUCCAACCUUUCAGAUGAAAGCCGCAAUUCUUUUGUGGGUUUCCAAAGAAGUUCAACUCGUUCGGAAGAAGAACUAAACCCUGUAAAGGAGGCUUUGAAAAGGAGUUCAAAUAGGCAGAUCCCUUCCAAAAGUCUAGAGGACAUACCAUCAGCCACAUCAAAUAAAGGAAACCUCCCAAAGGAAGAUUUAAUGCUUAGUGCGGAAGACGAUCAAAAAGCAGAUCAGCCUGAUGAGAACGCUCCAGGAAUUUCCACAGCACCUUCUUUCCCUGAUAGCCAGUUCUCACAUCCGGAAAAUAUCAAAAGGAUGAGCAAAUCAGUCCCAACAUUUACGCAGGAGGAGAGCGAUGACAGAGAAACAGAUACAGCUUCAGACAGCAGUUACCCACUUGGCAGAAUCAAGAAGAGCCCCAGUUCGCUAACCAAUCUUAGUGGCUCUUCUGGCUUGGCGUCCUUGUCUUCUGUCAGCACCAGCGUGAUGAGUAUCUACAGUGGAGACUUUGGGAACGUGGAUGUGAAAGGAAACCUCCAGUUUGCCAUUGAUUAUGUGGAGCAACUGAAGGAACUUCAUAUUUUCGUUGCCCAGGGCAAGGACUUGGCAAUUGCAGAUGUUAAGAAGCAGCGUUCAGAUCCGUAUGUGAAGAGUUACCUGCUACCGGAGAAGUACAAACUGGGCAAAAGAAAAACGUCGGUGAAGAAGAAGACGUUGAACCCUGUCUUCAAUGAGAUAUUAAGGUAUAAAGUUGACAGGGCUCUCUUGGCGUCCCAGAGGUUGAAUGUCUCCGUGUGGCACAAUGACACGUUUGGACGUAACAGUUUCCUGGGCGAAGUGGAGCUGGACUUGGGAGAAUGGGACUGGGAUGACAGGCAGAACAAGCAGAUGAUUUGGUACCCGCUUAAGCCAAGAACUCCACUAGCUGGUCUUGAUCUGGAGAACAGAGGGGACAUGAAAAUAGCUCUCCAAUAUGUUCCACAGCCUGUUGGGGGUAAAAAGCCUCUAGUCACUGGAGAAGUCCACAUUUGGGUGAAGGAAUGCAGUGACCUCCCAGUCCUCAGGGGCAAUAGACUCAACUCUUUUGUUAAGUGUACCAUCCUUCCAGACACAAGCAGGAAAAGCCGUCAGAAAACAAGAGCUGUAGCGAAGACAACAAAUCCAGUGUUCAAUCAUACAAUGGUCUACGAUGGCUUCAGACCUCAAGAUUUGAAAGAAGCCUGUGUGGAGCUCACUGUCUGGGAUCACAACAAACUAGCUAAUCACUUCCUUGGAGGCCUCAGGAUAGGACUUGGAACAGGUAAAAGCUACGGUACUCCAGUAGACUGGAUGGACUCUACAACAGAUGAAAGCAACUUAUGGGAACGAAUGAUUGAUUCUCCAAACACCUGGGUUGAAGAUACGCUGCCACUCAGGAUGCUGAUGAUGGCAAAAACACCGAAAUAGGAUGAUACACCUUUUGGAUGCUUCCUGUUUGUACGGCUUGCUGGCGUUUGGGUGGAAAGAAGAGCCAGGCAAAAAUAGAGAGGAACUUGGGGUGUGGGGGGUGCACAUUGGCUGAUAUAUUCAUUUGUAAUUUCAUCAGAGGGCAUAUGUGUCUGCAAUACAAUUUUAAACUAUUUUACUAAAUGCUGCUUUGAUAAUGCAUGUCAACUCCUUCCUGCCCUCAGGUACUGUUAUUAAAAAUUAAACUUUAUUAAAGAUGAAUUAAAACUGUAAAAUAUAUAUAUUUAAAAUAUUG